ACAUUGGGAUUAGUAUCUAGUUAAGACUUAUAUUCAUCCACUCAUAACUUCUGUAGCAUAAAUGGUGACAUUGCUGUAAAUAGACAAAAACUAGACCUCGUGUCCUGGAGCACCUUAUCAAAUAGGGCAAUGCCUUACACAGUCUGGACUGCCUGAAUACUGAGACACAGAGGAAACAUUUUCGAACCAGGCAUAGCCUAUACGUUCAAAUAGUGCAUUGUGAAACCAAGGACCUUCACCUUUAUUAUGAUAGGCUAUUCGUCUGCCUUUCUUUUUCUUUUUUUUAAUUCAUGAAGCUCCUACUCGCGCCCUCUAGAUGCAAGUUUGUAGACUAGCCUACUUGGAAGAAGGCAGCAGUGGGUCCCACUAACAUGGUGCCUUGGGAACUCUUAGCAUUUAUUAAUCACCAGGAUGCACACUCCAGUGCAGUCCAAUGAGUUCCGUGGUAGGCCUAUCGUUUUGUGGCAAACAGGUUGUCUGGGUGUGUUUUUCACAGACUGUCACUGAAUGGAGAAAUACAGUAUACUGUUCUGAGCAUAAGGUGACGUUUGUGUUGUGUUAAAUGCUAGCUAGGAUAAUCGCAUCCUCUUCUUCCGAGGGCUUUGUCAAGUAGCUUAACUAGCAGCGGUGGCAUUGAUCAUGGUGGGCUUUUGCUGUUAGUUACGGUCGAGCGUUAGCUUUGUUAGAUUCUCUGCCGUAACGUUAAUCGCUAACGUUACUGGUUACAUCUUAUGAUAGUUGUUAGGUAACGUUAAUGUAACACCGACGCUAGCUAGCCAGCAAUUAUUUACAGUCUCUUGUCUUCAUAGCAGAUAAUUAGCUUAACGUUAGCUAACCAACUAUUCUGAAUAUGUAAACGUUUUGUCAUGCACUAUCGAGACUACAUUAAAGUCGAAAUAAACGCGUUGGCCGGUUGCUAGGUGUAAACCAUUUAUUCUCCAGUGAUGCUUGGUUAAUUUGCAUGCUCGUAAAGGCAGCAGUAGCUGGUUGUAGGUUGAAUGGCAUGGCUAUAAAAGUCUUCGGAGGGUAUGGAUAGCUUACUUCUCGGCAGCUCAGUUAAUACUCUCCUUGUGCGGAGACGUGCAAAUCCUUGGCCAGCAUUUUAGCUAGUAUGAUGGAGUUCUAAUGCGAGAAUGGAGUAGGAGCUAGCUCAGUGAGAAAUGUUAAGACUUCUUGACAGAGAGCCACCUUGUUGGCCUAACGAUAAGGUAACGGUAACGACAACGCCGUCCGACUCAGAAUUCCUGGUUGUGACAGAACAGUUUGCCAUCAUGACUUGAUUAGCUAGCUCAUUCUCAUCAGUGCCUUGGACAUGGCUAUUCUUCAGACACGCUCCUAACCCUUCCCUAAAGUGUCCAUCUUCAUGGACGUCUGCAGCAGGAAUCCAAAUCGGACAGCCCCAGUGACUGAAGGAGAGCCCAGGCGAGCAGACAUACCACUUUGCUCCCGUACAAACGGGUGGAGCUGGCCGCCCCACCCUUUCCAGCUCCUGGCCUGGCUCCUUUACCUGUACUUCGCAGUGACAGGUUUUGGGGUGUUUGUCCCUCUGCUACCCCCUCAUUGGAUUCCAGCGGGCUACAUUUGCACUGGGAUUACAUUUGUCUGUCAUUUGUUUGUCCACCUUACUGCGGUUUCCAUUGACCCUGCUGACUACAAUGUCCGGGCUAAGAGCUACAAGGGCCCAGUGCCGGUGUUCGAUAGGACGAAGCAUGCUCAUGUCAUUGAGAACUGUCACUGCUACCUCUGUGAGGUGGAUGUGGGGCCAAAAUCAAAACACUGCAGUGCCUGUAACAAAUGUGUGGCAAGCUUUGAUCACCACUGCAGGUGGCUGAACAACUGUGUUGGUAGUCGGAAUUACUGGCUAUUUCUGAACAGUGUAAUCUCCGCUCUCGUUGGUAUAAUUCUGGUGGUGAUCAUCGCCAGUUAUGUGUUCAUCGAGUUCUUUUUGGAUCCCUCAAAACUGCGUUCAGACAAACACUUCCAAGUGAAGAAUGAGUCGGUGGUGUGGUUUGUGUUCUUGCCUGUGGCCCCUGUGACCACCGCUGGCCCGGCCAUCCCUGCCCUGGCCGGCAUCACCGUCGCCUUAGGCCUGCUCUCGGCCCUGCUGCUGGGACACCUGCUUUGCUUCCACAUCUACCUCAUGUGGAAUAGACUCAGCACAUAUGAAUACAUUGUGCGUCAGCGGCAUCGUCAGGAGGCAAGAGACUCAAACAAAGGCUGCUCUGUUAAUGACCCUGGGCCUCCACAGAUGAGUCUAAUGAAGGAUGUGAGUUACUCUGGGACGCUUGGCUACACAAACCCAGAGAUGGAUGUGGAGGACCCCACCACCAUGUCAUCUCGAGAGGGAGCCGCAGAGUUCUAUGGCAACGGACGGGUGAGAAGUUCACCCAGUCGGAUGGUGGAUAUUGAAUCCCUCCCCACUGACGCUAUAGAGCACAAACAGCCCCCACGCCCUCUUAAACAGAAGAAAAAGAAGAAGGUGCGUAAAAUCCCUGCCGAGGUGAUCAACGACCGGGCCUCCGAGAACGGCAGUAGCUCCACCCGAGCCCUGCCACACAGCUCAGCAGAUAUGGAGCCCUCUGUAGCUGCAGCCACAGUGGUAGCCUCCAUGAGCCAGCGCCUCCCCUUCCCAGCGUUCCCCCUGCGUGCGUCGCUGCCCCCGCUGAUCCCUGUGCAGGCAGCAGGCCCCCCCGCUGAGUAUCAUUCUGACUCCGCAGAGUCCCUGGAGGAAAUCCCCGUGGCUCUGGCGCGACUCGGUAGCGCCGCCCUGGCUUCCACCUCAGGCACUGCAGCCGCUGCUGCUACCACCCCUGCGUCCUCCCAGCAUGCCUUGCUGUUUCCCUCUACCUCCACCUCCACCACUCUGACCACGCCCUCCCCCCAGCCCCGGACCAAGCGGAAGGCUGCACCAUCGUCCCGCAGGCUGGCGGAGCAGCGGUUUGAGAUGGCCCCGCCGCAGCCGCCCAUGGUGUUCGUGAGCCGGGGAAGCGGAGAGCCUAUGGCCCGGCCACGACACGUCCCUAAGGGGGAGGAGACUGGGAGCAGCAGUGGGGGCAUGGGGGGCAGACGCAAGCAGUCCAGCAAGAGGAGCCUGGAUGAGCCCCGACCCCUGGGCUCCAGUGCAGGGACGUCUGUGGCCUAGCAGAGACGUCUGUGGCCUAGCAGAGACGUCUGUGGCCUAGCAGAGACUCGCUUCCUGGAGCGAUCGAACGAGUGCUGGGGUUGAGGGAGGGGGGCGGAGGGAAUAUGGGACAGGACAACCCAGGUCCUGCUCUGGGAGCUUCUGGCAAACACAAGGGCAGCUACUCUUUGAUAAGAUGUAGACGGGACACGACCAACAGUCCCCUCAGCCGUAGCACUUAAUCUAAACACCCAGACAGCACCUAUGCAAGCACUGCAGAGCAGAAGGAUGCAGUAUCACUGAGUGUGAGUUGGGUGUUUUCAGCUGACCCUCUCCCUCAGUACGACAUUUCAUUCAGAUUAACCACUACAACCAUUACGUUAUGACACAGAUAGGUACUAAUAGAUAGUCAUUCUAUACAUUUCACUAUUCUGUAGCAUUGCACAAGUACAGUUUUCCCCAGUGAUUAUAUUACACUGUUUUUUGAAAAUCUAUUUAUUCAUAUUUAAUGUUGAAUGCCAAAGGUUAUACUGCACAAUCUUUUUUUUUUGUCUGUUUAUUUUUUUUAUGAUUUUUUUUUCUUCUGUACUUUACCACGCUACCUUAAAUCAUAUUUUUUCAAUCCAUCUGCAUUGGCAAGCUUUUGUGUGUGUCAUUAGUGAAACCCAUAAGGUUGAAAUCGCCUGGCUACUGUAUGUGUCAGCUUGCUGGACAUUGAAGAGUUAAAUAGGUUAGCUUCUCAUCUGGGACCGGAGUCGGUUAACCCUUAAAGGAGUACCGUCACACCGAUGUGACGGGAAUGUUGGGAAAUGAACACUAAAGAAUAUCUGGGUUCAUUGAAUUCAACAUGGAAUUUUAGAACCUUCAAUUGUUGCGGAACUUAGAAUGUUCAAAAACCUACACCUUUAAGGGUUGGGCACCCUGAGCGCUCACUGGAGUGUUGAUUUUUAUCAUUCGUCUUUGGGGUGGAAGACUACAAAUUGACCUAAUCCAUCCAUUUCUAUCUUGAUGCCUCCACUUUUGAAACCUGUCACAAUUGUUUUUUUACUCAUCACAAAACUCAACAAUAAAACCAUAACUUGGUGUAGCAUUGCA